UUAUUGAGAGGACCAUCAAAGGACAUUAUAAAUGAAAUUGAUAGAAAUUUACAAGAUGCAAUGGCAGUAACUAGAAAUGUUUUCUUGGAACCAUCAUUGUCGCCAGGAGGUGGAGCAACUGAGAUGGCAAUUUCAAUAAAGUUGUUAGAAAAUUUGUCCAAAAUCGAAAAUAUACAACAAUUGCCUUAUAAGGCAGUUUCAGAUGCGCUAGAAAUCAUUCCAAGAACAUUAAUUCAAAAUUGUGGUAAAAAUCCAAUUAGAAUAUUGAGUAAGUUAAGAAGCGAACAUAGUAAAGGAAAUUAUACUAUGGGUAUUGAUGGAGAUACAGGAGAUAUUGUUGAUAUGAAGGAUUAUGGAAUUUGGGAGCCCGAAGUUGUUAAACAACAAAGCAUUAAAACAGCUAUUGAAAGUUCCUGUUUAUUAUUAAGAAUCGAUGAUAUUGUUAGUGGUAUUCGUAAAGAUGAAAGAAAAUGA